AAACUAGACCGUUAGAACAAACACAGAGCAACGUGUUUAAUUGUCCCCCUUAUGUUGUGUAUUCCAAUUUUCAUUGAAAUAGAUUCCACUCAUAGUUUCUUCAAAACACCGCGUUUUCCCCAUUAUUUGAUCAAAACACAUCAAAACCUUAAAAAGUAAAACACACUUUUUUCUUACACCCACUUCAACCCAUGGAACAUUCCGCCGCCGCCACCACCGCCACACCAAAAAAAUCACACCUCAACUUAGACACACGCCCCAACAAAUCCCCCUCUUCUUACACUUCCCUCAAAGACAUGCUUCCUUUCACCGCCGUGAACUCCCCCUCCCCAACUCCCACCGCCGCCGCCACUGCCGCCUCAUCCUCCAGUGGCGGCGGCAGCAUAUCCAUUCGCAACCGGCUUGUGAAGCAGGCUGCUUGGGCUUACCUCCAACCCAUGUCACCUUCACCAUGUAGCCCAUCAAGCCCAAACUUCAUCGGCCGCCUACGCCUCAGAUUCGAAUCCGUCAGCCGCCGCCACCGCCGCCGCAACGCCGUUAUUCCUUGCCUGAGCUUCGUAUCUGACAUAGUUGCUUGUUUCAACCGAGUUUUCCAAUAUAUACUUCACGCAAUCACUGGCCAAGGAAUAAGGUGACUUUGACCUACACAACUUUGCUUAUUCUUGAUCACGAAAUGGUGUUCGUGGGGUACGAGGACUUUGUUGUGAGCCUUCUAACCUUCUUAGCCUUGCACGAGCUUUGUUGAUUCUUUCCCUCACACUACUAUCAUCCAUUCCGAAGGACUCGCCCUCGUCCUCGACCUCCGUGCUAUUGGCUCGGGACUUAGGAGUCCCCCGGUGGAUGAUUGUGGUGGCGCUCGGCGAUGACGGCGGGCUUGGUGGCCACUUCUUAGUCUUGCUUAGGGAAGGAAUUUGCUUCAACUUAUUAAUUGGUGUUGGUUGUGUUGAUAUAGGCACUUCUUGUUGCUCCUCCUUUUUCUGCAAUGCGUAGCACGUUCCUCAUUUCUAUCUAGCGACCAUAUACUAUUGGAUAUUUUUUUCCGUUUCAAAUGGUUAUUUUGGAAUCGACUAUGUUACGUGUAUACUAAAAUCAGUCACUAAAAUCAGUGAUCAGUAAAAAAUAUAUAUUAAAAUAUAAAUACAUAUUGAAAAUAAAUUAAACCGUAUAUAUAAUUAUACACAAAUAUUUUGGUGACUGAUUUUAGUGGUUGAAUUUAAUAUACAAAUAGCAUUUUUGUUUUGCAAUAGAGUAUACGAUAUAUUUGUAUUCGGCUAUAAUUUUUAUAGUUAAUUU